AUGUCAACGAGCACAACAUAUAUUGCGGAUCAACAACGCAUAUUCAAUAUUUCGAAUGAAAAUAAUAAUUUUCAAUCAUUGGUGAAUUUGUUUCCCAUCAAACAAAACGAACACAGAAACUAUAAUUGUUUGGACAAAGCUAUUCGCCAAUUAGAUUUUGAUUUUUAUAAUGAUCUCCUUCCAACAAUAGCUAAAUGGGCUUCCGAUCAUACACAAUCAAAAUUAAUUGAACCACUUCAAGCUCAUACAACAAGAACUAUUGUCUAUACAGUAGCACAAGCACGUUACAUUCUUGCAAAUGCUUUUUUUCUUAACACCAUACCAGGAUAUGGAAACAUUCAUUUGAAUCAUUUAUAUAAUUCACUAUUUGAUGUUUUGGCUAGUGAAAGAAUAAGAUGUUUAAUUGAAUAUUUUCGUUUAUCAUCGCAACAAAAUGAUAAUCGACAAAUUUCCAUUGAAAGAUAUUCAUAUAAAAGUGAAUUACCAGAUUGGAGUAAACAAAACAUUCCUAUAGAAUCAUCAAAAUUCAAUGUAUUUACUGGUCGAAUGGAAGAUGCCAAUGAAGCACAAGGUUUUGUUGAUUUUGCUAAUAAACAUAUUCAUAUACAUAGAAUUAUCCCGUCAGCUACACAAGAAGAAGUUCUAUUUAGCUGUUGUCCUGAAGCAUUUUUAUCUAUACUAGCAUGUGAAACAUUAGAAGAUGAUGAAAUCGUGAUUCUUCGUGGGUGUAAACGAUUUGUUGAAUAUACUGGUUAUGCUGAUACAUUUGCUUAUCAAGGUCAUUAUCAUGAACAAAAUCCAGCAUAUAUUCAAGACAUUCUUGUUAUGGAUGCAUGUUUUAGUGGUCAAUUCACACGAACACAUAUUGAUCGAGAUUUAGCGAAAGCAUGGGCAGCAUUUUAUAAAUCUAAAGAUGAAAUUAUUGUAACAGGAAAUUGGGGAUGUGGAGUGUUUGGUGGUGAUUUAACAUUUAAAUUUUUGCAACAACUUUGUGCAGCAAUGAUACUUGGAGAUCAUUUUAAAAGAUUAGAUUAUUCCGUUUAUAAUGAUGAACAAUUAGCGUCAAACCUCAAAAACUACUUGGCAAAAAUGGAAACGAGUAAAAAGACGAUUGCUGAUAUUUAUCAAAUGAUGAUUGAAUAUAGUGAAGCUAGUGAAUUGCCUGCAUCUCGACGAAAGUUCAGCGACGCUUUUGAACAAUGGCUUAAUUCCUCGUAA